AUGAAUCACAAAUUGAGUUGUUUUGAAGACAAAAAAUAGAAUCCAGAAAGAUCGAAGACUUUUUAUAAACUUUUUUUAAACUGUUUAUGGUAUUCAUAGUCUUUUGUUUCAAUUUAAAAUAAGUAGAGCGAAUAAAUUUUAUCAAAUUAAACAAAUGGAUCUAGACAUUUAUCAAUAGUAACAUAAUAAUGUAAAAAUUGUUAUAUGAGGGAGGGAAACUAAUUGUAUUAUGUAACAAAAAAUAAUUUUUAAGGCUGGACAAAUGGAAGGAGAUAAGCCAAUUGGAAUUUGGAGGAUUAAUAUUGAUUCAUCCUUAAUUAAUAAAUUUGAAGCGAAAACAAUUUUUCUUGAAUUUUAACAGAAUGGCAUAACUUUGUUUAUAGAGUCAGGGUAAAUCAAAUAAUUUUCAAUUAAACUAAUCAAUUAGUUAAAAAAAAAAUUAUUUAGCUCUAAGUUUAAACAAGAAGCCCAGAUAGAUUAAAUAGAAUUUGAACAAAGUAUUUUUACUAAAUUUAAAGAUCGAGUGUUGGGCUGGUAUCUAUAUAUUAUUGAAAUUUCUUAGCCAAAUAGAUAAUAGUGAAGAAUAUUAUACUCAUUAACUUUUAUGCCAAAAUUUAAUAUUAAAUGACUUUUAUUUUCCAAAGUAUUAAAGAUUAGUAUUUUUAGGAUGCAUCCUCCUUCUAUUCCAUAUUUUAAAAAGCUAACUAUAAAUUAAGAGUAUAUUUUAUUGAGCUUUUAUUAAAGUGGCAGUGAAGUAGUGUGUUUUGGUUAAUAGUAUGAAGGGAAAAAAACUGGGGAGUUCUUCAUUAAAUUUAGAAAUGAUUCUGACUCAGAAUUUUAAACCAUGUAUAGCUCAGCAUAAAUCAAAUUAGUGGAGGUGGAAGUUAUCAAAUAAAUGGAAAAAAACAUGGAGGAUGGAUAAAGAUUUCAAAAUUUUUUUCCAAGUUUAGAAUUAUACUUAAAUUUGAUAGAUUAAACUAAAUCAUUAUUAAAGGAUAAUUUAAUGAUGGAGUUAAAUGUGACUAUUUUUCUAUUGAGAUUAGAAAAAAUUUUGAUGAAAUGUGGGAAAAAAUGUAGAGUUAUGUUUUGAUAUUUUAGUGGAGGGGGAUUAUAUGAUAAAUAAGGAAGAUAAGUAGGUGCUUGGGUUGAGCAAUAUGAUUAAUUAAAGUAACAAUUUAUGCUUAUAAAAGUUUUUCUGA